AUGGUGGAAAACGCAGCCACGCGUCGGUUUUUGGUGCUCGAUGCAAGCGCCUGGAUCCACGCCUCGGAAAGCUGGCUUCAGCGCGCCGCGCUCGAGAAAGAUUUGCAACUAUGUACAGUACCUGAUGUGCUACACGAAGUUCGAGACGAGGCUGCCCGAAAGCGACUCGAGUGGCUUCUUGGACUCAAGUCAGGAGGAGCGGAUGACGCACGAGCGCUGACGGUGUCGGAGCCUUCUCCCAAAGCCGUGGCUUGUGUUGAGCGCGCUGCACGCGAAACUGGCGACUUGGGAUUCCUGAGCACAGCGGACGUCAAUUUGAUUGCACUCGCGAUUGAUCUCGGGCACCCAGAGAAGCCCAGCGAACCUGUUACCUCGGGGAACGGAGUCGAAGAGACGUGCGGCGCGGGUUCCGCGCCCAGUACGCGCACUGCUUCCGACUCGUUUGACAUACACGGAGAACGAAUAGCGCAGUCUGCGCUAUCCUGGCGUCGCGAAUCAACCCGGAAUCCCGACUUUUUCGACCCUCGCACGUAUGUUUUCGGGGAGGGUCUCAAAAAAGUCCGGCGAAGACUUUCUGAACUCGAUGCCUCGUUACCAGAGAGUUUGCUGCGAGGAGUCGACGAACUGUCCAUGUAUCCAGGUAGUCGGCCGCACCACCGAGCAGAGUGCAACAGAACGGCAUGUGAGAAAGAGUCACAGCGGUCAAUGAAAAAUGAUGUGCAGUCUUGUAUUCCCUCUGAAGCUGAGAAAGACUCCAGUGAAAACGGCGCUUCUUCUGCAUAUGUGGACUCGAGCAGAGGCAUGUCGUCACAUGCUGAGGCUCUAUGUGCGGAUACCUGGCUGCCACCGACCCAUAACCCGGAAGCUAUCGCCUCCGAGCUCCGAUGGGACGCGCUGAAACCCGGUCAGGUGGCCAUUGCGACAACCGAUUUUAGUAUGCAGAACGUGAUGCGGUGUCUCGAUAUUCCGUUGGUGAGUGUUGACUCACGGAAAACGAUCCGCUGGGCACGGCAUUUCAUUCGCCUCUGCACUGCCUGCAAUCGUACCAUAGAUGCACAGGAACUGGACGAGCAAACGAUCCGUUUCUGCCCCGAAUGCGGUAAUUAUGGCACGCUCAUUCGCUGCAUCAAAGAAGUCACCGCGGGUGAUACUGAUACAUCGGGAAUCGGAGCGAAGCACCGAGAAAGGAUUCGGCUGCCUCGAUUCGCUCGAUCCAUCGACGGCGCGCCUCGACUCUCCACCCGUGGCUCGCUGAGCUCCAUUCCGAAGCCCGUUGGCGGACGUGAUGGUCUCUACCGAGAUUUCAUUCUGAGAGCAGAUGAAUAUUCUGAGAAGCUUCGACGCCAUCAGCGCAUGUCGCGUCGCAAGGCGGCGAACUGCCCGAGCAAUGCGGCGCAUAACUCAGCGCAGGGGACGGAGGAGCUCUUUGGGCCACGUCAAACAUAUCUUGCGCCGGUCCUGCCGGUUGUGCAUCCAUCUUCUCGUAAUGCACUGCCGACUGGGCGACACCAGCGACGUUCAAAACGGUAG